UCCAGGUCCCCCCAAGGUGACCGGCAGCUAUAGAGCCACGGGUGAAAUGGUAGAAACAUUAGAAGAUGAAUCAGGGAUUUUAGUUCAAAUCGCUUUUGAAGAGAGUUUUGAUGCUGAUACAAAGAAUGCAGCCUUCAACAUCUGGAUCAUGGGGAAAAAUGCAACAUUUAUCGAAAACUUUGAAACUAAACAAACUUUCAGAUACACAGAUAAUGCUGAGUGUGCUGAGAUGACUGUAACUGAAUGGAUCAAGACGAAAUCCCCUCCAUCCCUUCUGAACUACGAAGACACAAAUGGCACGGUUCGUUUUUCAUUGAAGCAAUUAUUCUCUUUGGAUGAUAAGUACCUCAAAGAGAAGGACAUUCCUGAUGAAUUUCGUGGAAUCAGUGCUAGAAAAUGGAUGUACGAGAUUGUUGGUGAAGAGCCGGAUGGACAGCGCAGAGUUCUAAGCAUCUACGCUUAUUGGUCAGAUAAAACCUGGAAUACAACAUCAAACGAAGAACAGGUGCCACUCGGAUUUGUUGUGUCAAAGAUGAUUUAUAAACGAGGCAGCGCUACAGUCAAACUGCAUGAACAGUUCAUAAAUGUGUUCGGUUUUGUACCCAACACAAUAGACCACAAGUUAUUCGAGCCAAUUCAAGGAAUAGUCUGCCCCAAUCGUAAGCAAACAGUGAAAUUUCCAGAUGUAAGCAAUUGGCAAGCAGUCGCCCUACAUUCUGAAGUCAUAUUUCCGGAUUAUCAGCAAAUUAAUUAUGUUGAUGUUUGGUUUGAUCCAAUAAACAAGCUUCUGCGCCAGGACAUGGAGAGAAUAAAAGACCAAGAGGCAGGCUAUGAAAAGAAUCUUAAAUAUGGAAGAGAAAUGGUGUUAGGAAAACUGGGUAUCGUCUAUCAGCUGAGAUAUUUUAAAGGUGAAGUAUCCUGUAAUGUAAUAGGCAUUCCUGAUUAUGAGUAUGAUAUACAAAAUUUGAUACACUUUAAGGCCAAUUUGAAGGACUGGACCAUAGGAAAUCUGUUUGGAAUAAAUCAAACCACAUACACUUAUAUUGGAAAGACUUCAAAAAGAGACAUACCCUGCCACUUAUUCCAAGGAGUUCGCAAAGAUUGGCCGGAACCAACUGCGGAAGUAGAAUCUUUGUGGGAAUGGUGCUUCUCUAUGAAUGUCACAACCAAGGAUGAUGCUGUAAUUUUCCGAAACGGUGAAUAUGGACUUGUUAGUGCGCAAGUCAAUAUUAUAAAGAGUGGGAGCAAAUACGAUUUUCCGGAAAAAUACAGGCUAUUCCACCAUUUUUAUGAUGUUAAUUUGGUGGAUCCAACCACGAUGGAUGCUACUAGCUUUGACAUUGGUGCUUGCUUCGGCGAAGACGAAAAAAGACGUCUACAAUUCGUAAUAGAUUGGGCAGUUAAUGACGACAGUAUCUACCUCAUUGAAAAUGCUACAUCAGAUGUAAACUUCUUGAAAAACUGGAAAUCAGCAUUAUAUAGAUAUUCUGGCAUUGACCCCAACAGCUUGAGAGUAACAAAAGUUAAAGCAGUAAGUUGAAUAUGCACUGAGACA